CGUUACUUUGUUCUCUUGUAGGUAUUGUAUGGCUGGAACGAUAGGUCAUAAAUUAAUGUCAGAUAAGCGGGCCAAAGUUGAUCUGGACGCUAAUACAAGAAUCGAUGUGCGAUGCCAGGUUCAUCAAUUAGCUUUUAGUCCUCACACUGAUUCUAAAGGGAUAAUGGAUCUUGUAAAUUUUCUCGCCCCCAAGCAUGUUAUACUAGUGCAUGGGGAGAAGCAUAAGAUGGCUUCCCUUAAAGAAAAGAUUCAUUCUGAAUUUGGGAUUCAAUGUUAUGAUCCUGCAAACAACGAAACCAUAUGCAUUCUUUCAACUCACUAUGUAAAUGCAGAAGCCUCACACUCUUUCAUCAGAAGCUGCUUGAGUCCGAACUUCACAUUUCAGAAAUGCAGUUCGGUGGACAUAUGUAACUCUUCUACGAUAGACAAAAGCUUAAUGCCUAUGCUCCAAGUCGAAGAUGAAAGGGUAUCAGAGGGAGUUUUUGUUGUGGAGAAGGGUAAAAAGGCAAAGAUUGUACACAAGGACGAACUUUUGCUUAUGUUGGAGGAACCGAAGCACGAACAAUGAGAGGGACGUUCUGACAUAUUGGUGACUCAAUGGAUCUUAGUCUUGGUUCUUAUAUUCAGAACUUCAUUGCGACUUAUCUUGAAAUUCUCAAUUUCUUGAAGAGCAUCUGCAAAUAAUCGUGGCAGUAAUGUCCCUACAGGAUUAAGGAAAACUCCCAACAUCAAAGCAGUGUAUUUCUGCUGCUUUUAGUCAGCAGUGAAUGAGAAAAUUGCAAGGAAACAAAUCUCAGCAAUUUGGAGCAUCAAUACCCACUGAAAAUGUUUUAUUUCAGAGCACUGAAGGAAGUAUGUGAAUGAAACAACAGAAGUGGUUCGUUCCAUAAAAAGAUAAUCAGUUUAAACAGAACAGCUUGGGUUGCGGUUAUUCUUCCUUCCUUUACAAGGAGUUGGAUGUCCAGAUUAGAUUUCUGCUGUACAUUGAGCAAUUGAUGAAAUUGAUUCCAAUAGAAGUUCGUUUAUGGCCGUAAUAAUUUGAUACUCUGAUCCUAACAUGAAGGGAUUUACUGUGAUUGCUUUUGUUCCCAUAUUUAUCUUUCCAUAUUUUAUUUUUUGGUUAUUCUAGGAAACAUGUUCCCCAUGAAUUACUCCUAGUAGGUCAUUCAAUGAUCUGAAUUCCAGAUUGGUCUUGUAUUUUGUUUAUUUCAGAUGUGUAACCAAUUUUUACAAAAGCAACCUAAUGAGCUGUCUUAUCGUACUUUUGCUGCUGUAGAAGUGAAUUAUAACUUAUAAGCCUA